AUGAUUAGUCACCGAUUAAGAUCACUACCUGUAAAUGGUUAUUAUGAGUAUUUAUCACAAGUUCGUUACCGAGUAAAUGUCACUCCAAAUGAAGCAGCUGACAGUGAAGGGACGUUAAAACAAACGACGAUCAUGGAAAAUGGAAGUAAACCUUCGAUUGUGAAAUCUUCGUCUGCAGAUCGCGUUUCACAAACGUUGCCAGAUAUUCCAAAUAAAGAUGUAACAAAGUGGUCAUCGACUGAUGUUCAACGUUGGGUGGAAGAACAAUGUCGAAAGUUUGAAUUAAUGAAAGCAACGAGCGCUAAAUUUCAGAUGAAUGGUCAAGCUCUAGUAUUGCUGACUAAGCACGAUUUCCUACGUCGUUCACCUGAUGGAGGCGAAAUUCUUUAUUAUGCAUUACAACGAUUGAUCAAUCCGAACAAGUUCAAUUCGGUUCGUGUUGGUCAUAGUCUAAUGAGAAGCAAGACAACUCGUCAAAAUCCACGCAUUAUUGAGCUCGAUUCUGAUACAGAUGAGCAUAACAGUGUCGCAAGUAAUUCGUCAUCGACGAAGCCUAUUGUUGAAGAACCAGAUGACCCACCGUUACUUCGCUCAUCUGACUCCGAUACAAAUUAUGAAAGUUAUCCUCAACAACGAUAUUCUCAUUCGUUCAUUUAUGCAAACCCGCAUAUCCGUCAAACAGUCUAUGCAAUGCCGACUGCACCUGCCGCGACCUAUUACCAACAGCAGCCUUAUGCUAACGCUUACAUGUAUCCUCAACAUCCGAUGCAUCAGUUUCAAGCGCAAAUGCCUCAGCAACAAUUCUACCAAGCUCAUGCGCAACCACAACAACCGCAACAACAAGCGCAUCCUAACGUACAGUUCUUCAAUCAGUACUAUCAAAUGAUGGCUGCACAAGGAAUCAUCGUUGAAGUGAUUGAUCCUGACGAAGCAAACAAUCUGAUUGCGAGCGGAGUUAGUUCGCAUCCGAAUGAUAAUUCAACAAAUAGUGCGCGUUUCGAUGGUCAAGAAAACCUCUAUUUAGUUACAAUGAAUGGUCAACGAUUUAUUAUGACUGAAGACUACAUCCGACAGAUUGUGCUCGAAAUUCAACAACAACAGCAGCAGCAACAGCAGCAACAACAACAUUUCCAUCAGCAACAGCAUUUCCAUCAACAACAACAACAACCAUUUCAUCAAGCACAACCACAGCAACAGUAUACCUAUCAAACUCAGCCUGCCCAAGCGUCUCAAGAUAAUAUCUACUAUACUGCGUAA